GUAUAUAUUUGUUUUAUACAUCUUUCUGGGUAUUGGUCAUUGAUCUUCUGGGAACAGAUCUGUGUAAUAGGUGAUUAGUAAAGUCGUUUUACUGUACUUAUCUUCAAUAGAGACCCUGUAAAGUACUUUGAGACAGAAAGCCUUUAGCCUUCCUAAACUGCAUCUUCUUAUUUCUCAGAGGAAAUGAGAGAGUUAUUGGGUCAAUACAUCUCAGACACCCUCAGCUAUGUCCACACAGUAGAGGGAUUCUGUGACAGGCAUCCAAGGUGGAUCCUGCAGAGAAAGGAGGAACAAUCCAAGAUGAAGAACAUCAAGGACAUGGCAGAAGGAAUCGACCCCAACUUUGAUAAAGUCAUUAACUCUGAGGAUAAGGCAAAGGCAUUUCAAGAGUUCACAAAGAAGUAUCUGACCCAGGUAACUGCAGACAAUAGACAUAAGGAGCUGGAGAAGGAGCUGGAAGCUGUACUGAAGGACACUCUCAAAGGGCUGGAGGAGCUGGACUGCUUCAUGGAUGCUGUGGAGAGGCUGGUGGUCACUUCUGUGUUUGUAUUUGCUGAUGAAAACCGGUUGUGUCCUCUGCCUCAGGGGAGGGAACCAUCAAGUGUCCGAGCUGUCAUCACCUCUGCUAGAAUGGCCUGUCCUCUCCUCAUCCACUUUAAGAGGGACGCUUCAGCCUUCUUUUCCCCAUGCCUCCUCAAUGUGGAGGUGCUGUACGUGUACUUGGAAAAUUACAUACACAUCUCUGAGCAGCUGUGUGAGAGAAUGAGAUUGGGAAAUGUAGAGAAUGACAACUUGAUGAUUGACACCAGCACUGAAGUGAAUGAAAAGUCCAUGCAGACCAUGUUUAACCAUUUGCACCAUUUGAGUGAUAUCAGGAUGAACCAGCACCUCAGACUGACGUUCCUGUUCCAGGAGUCUGCCCUGAGCUUCAUUGAUCUGUUCAGUCAGCGCCACUCCAGAAUGCUGGACUUUCUAAAAGAGCUGGAAAGGAGAGCUGUCAAACUAGAAGAGAUGAAAUUCGGGUCUGACAUCUCCAGUGUGGCAGGCAGUGCAGUGGGGGCGACAGGAGGGGCUCUGACCAUAGCAGGCCUGUGUCUUGCCCCUGUGACUGUUGGGCUGUCACUAUGGCUCACCAUCGCAGGGCUUGGACUGGGUGUGACCAGUGGGGUCAACGGUGUAACCACCGGUGUCACAGAGAUAAUCUUUAACAGAUACCACAGCAAGGAAGUCAAUACAGUCUUUCAACAUUUCAUAGAGGACAUGCAAAUACUCCGGGGGAGUCUGGAGAAGGUGGCCAGCAGAAUUCUUCCUGUUGUGGGAUUUAACAUGGUAACACUAGGGGUUGGGGUGAUUAUGGGCAAAGGUGCUGUGAGUUUAGGAAUGAAGAUCAAUGGCAUAGUAAAAAAUAACUCUGCAAUAGAGGCCUUAAAGGGGAACGGCAUGGUCAUGGGUGCAGGCAAGGUGGGACUCGGGGGGGGCAACAAACUUGCUGCAGAUUUACCUGACAUUGGGAUGUUGGCCCAAGGCACUCCACUCGCCCUAUCUAAGACAUUAAGGCGAUGUAAUGUGGCCUUAAAUGCCCUAUUCAUUGGCCUGGACAUCAUCACUAUCUGUAAAGACAGUGUCAGCCUCGCCAAAGGCAGCAAGAGUGAGGACUCCCAGCUCAUCCGAGCCAGAGUGGCACUGUGGCGCACGGAGAUCAACUCAUGUCAGAGGAUCCAUGACUCACUGUGCCAAGGCAUCCGUAGGUUCAGACAGAGUCAGCGAAUCCUGGAGAAACCAUUUUACCUUGUGAAGGAGUUAGAAAGUCUAGAGCCGCUUGUAGAGAUGGGACUCAUGGACAGCCUGAGGAUGAUAUAGAAACUCUGGGGCAGCCUAUGGAGGAGAUGAGACUACUGGGGCAGCCUAUGGAGAUGAGACUCUUGGGGCAGCCUAUGGAGGAGAUUCAAUUAUUGUCAAUUAUUUGACAUAAAACAUGUCACAUACUGUACCCAACAGAUGUUGAAUUAUAUUAUUUGUGUGCAUGUAUUAGCAAAAAUGCUCAAGCUCUAUUAAGUCUUUGAAUUUCACCAAGUUGGCAUUGCCAUUGGUUAAUUCACUGCGUAAUAUGUUAAUUGCUUUUUCAUGAAAAAUCCCUGUCUCUAGGUUUUUGCGACUGGACCUGGCAUUCAAGCAUGGUGCUGUUGCUGUUAGCAUAUGUAUGGGCUGAGAAGAACAUUUCUACAUUUGAAAACGUAGAAGUCAGGACACCUGCCGUUUGGACUCACUUCCUGUACGACUUAAUUGCUUAACAUGGACAUUUUAAAUGAUUACUGUGAAUGGUUUUAAUAAUGGAUGUGUUAUGAUAAGUUACUUAGAUUUGAGAAUAGAAGAGAACAGAUUUUUGCAUUAAAUGUAUUUAAGAUUAUUAUACGUUUUAUUAAACCUCCCCUUUAUCUGGACGGUGUUCUUGUUGUGGAAUAGUCCAAUCUAAAUAUUCUAAAUGUAUUAUAUAGAACAAACAUGCCUCUCUGACAUGUAGAAUAUGGAAUCCCUAUCUUUCUGCAACAUUACAAGUUGUACCAACUGAACAUAGCUGUUCUACGUCAGAUUCUAGAACCUGUCACUGUAUAUUGAUGUAAUGUAAAAAUUUAAAAAAGUUUCAAGAGUUUAAUCCACGUUAUAUUGUUGAGAAAAUCUAAUUGGCCUAAGUAGUUAUUUCAGCGUGGUUAUUCUACUUCUGAAUUGUAUAGGCAUGUACUGCCCUCUAGUGCAUUUUACUCAUGUGACAUGUCUUGCUGUUAUAGAUUGCUACUCACUUAAAUUAAGAUAUGUGCUGAUAAAAGUGCAUUCUUUUCUACAUUAGCAAUGUUUAAAUAUCCAUACAGAGUUGAAUUACAGAACUCCAGAGAUUUUCAGAAACAGUGGUACCCUCACCGCUUACAGUAGAUUAAUGUAGCCCUACAACUAUUUUGAUUUACAACUUUCUAAUUUGAAAAUGCUAAAAUAGCUGGAAUACACCUGCUAUGAUUUAGCAGAUUCACUUGUGCAGAAAUCUAUUAACCAGAUCGAUCUUUCAUAUGGUGUCAUUUUCAGACCAGGUGUGGCCAACAUUUUGAUAUAAACUGGCCGUUGAGUGUACAGGUACACCCAUCGAGUACGGGGGAAUUCUACACGGUGUUGGAAACGUUCCACAGGGUUGUUGGUCGAUAUUGACGUAAUGGCAUYACGCAGUUGCUGCAGAUUGGACGGCAGUACAUUCAUGCAGCGAACAGCCCGUUCCAUCUCAUCCCAAAUAUGCUCUAUUGGGUAGAGGUCUGAGGACUGCGCAGACCACUCAAGUAAACUGAACUCGCUGUCAUGCUCCAGUCAAUGUUUUCCACUCAGUUGUCCAGUGUUGGUGAUCGUGUGCUCAUUGGAGCCGCUCCUUCUUGUUUUUAGCUGAUAGGAGUGGAACCCGUUGAGGUCGUCUGCGAUAUGUCCAAUAGCAUAUCCGUGACAAGGAUCGACGAGUUGUGCGUUCCAAGAUGGCGUUCUGCACACCACUGCGCMGUUAUUUGCCUGCUUGUGGCCUGCCUGUUAGCUUGCACGAUUCUUGUCAUUCUCCUUCGACCUCUCUCAUCAACAAGCUGUUUUCACCCACAGGCCUGCCGCGGACUGGAUGUUUGUUAUUUGUCACACACUGAGAAGUAAACCCUAGACAGUGUCAUGUGUGAAACGCCCAGGAGGGCAGACAAUUCUAAACAUACUGGAUCCGGCGAGCCUGGUACCGACGAUCAUACCACGCUCAAAGUCUCUUAGGUCACUUGUUUUGUCCAUUCUAACGUUCAAUCAAACGGUAACUGAAACCCUCGAUGCCUGUCUGUCUGUCUGCUUUAUAUAGCAAGCCGCGGCCACGUGCUUCACUGUGUGUAGGAGCGAUCCAUUUUCAUGAACCUAAUAAACUGUCCAGUAUUUA